ACAAUAAAGUGACAAAUAAUGGUUUGUCAAUAACAAGAUUAUUGUAACAAUUAUCUCCACUAUUUUGGCAAUAUAAUUUAUUUGGGUUACUUUGAUUUCAUUUUUUUUUGUCAUUCGGGACUCUAAUAAUGACCUUGUAUCUGAUUAUCAUGGUAAUAAGACGAUUUGGUGUUCCGAGUUUAUUUACCAUUCAAUACUGCCAUCUGUAGGGAAUUAUUACAGAAUGCACAACAACAGAAAGAAUGAAGUUAACCAAGUAGUUGACUUUACGAAAACAUGUUUUGAAUGUGCAUUGUGCGAGUUGCUAGGGGUUUAUACGUAUAUCACUUCAAAUGGGAAAAUUGUUUUCUUGAAACUGUAAUAAACACGGAGUUCAAAAUCGAGAGCUUAGGCAAAAUUUUAUUAUGCGCAAGAGAAACAAAAUUCAGUGUUAUGGCUUUGGAGCCAAGACCAGUAUCCCAGCAAAAACAGUAUGAUUAUUUACUGAAGUUUUUACUAGUCGGUGACAGUGACGUUGGAAAACAAGAAAUAUUAAGUGGUUUGGAAGAUGGAUCUUCAGAAUCACCAUUUUGCAGUGGAAGUGCCUACAAGACAACUACAAUACUUCUAGAUGGCAAAAGGGUAAAGCUGCAGCUAUGGGACACUUCAGGGCAAGGAAGAUUCUGUACCAUAAUCCGGUCAUAUUCACGAGGAGCGCAAGGCAUUCUCUUGGUGUAUGACAUAACCAACAAAUGGUCGUUCGAUGGAAUCGACAGAUGGUUGAAAGAAGUUGAAGAGCACGCCCCGGGAGUCCCGAAGGUGCUCGUGGGGAACCGCCUCCACCUGGCGUUCAAGCGCCAGGUGCGCGCGCGGGAGGCGGAGACGUACGCGGCCAAGAACCACAUGACGUUCUUCGAGGUGAGCCCGCUGUGCGACUUCAACAUCCGCGAGAGCUUCAGCGAGCUGUCCCGGAUGGCUCUGCACCGCAACGGCAUGGAGCGGCUCUGGCGGUCCAACAAAGUGCUGAGCCUGCAGGAGCUGUGCUGCCGGUCGAUCGUGGCGCGCACCACGGUGUACGGCAUCGACCAGCUGCCGCUGCCCACCAGCAUCAGGUCGCACCUGCGCUCGUACGCCAUGACGUCGACCAGCGCCCAGCACCGCUAUGCCCCCGGCCGCCACAAGAAGCUGAGGUUCGGGGGCGGGGCGGCAGACUCGGCCCGUACCAGCUGCGCCGGCCGCAACUCCUGCUCCGUCUCCUGAGGUCCUCCCCGAGGCCGCCUGCCGGGCCCCGCCGCCGUUCCCCGCGCCGGGAAGUGUCCCUUCAGACGCUUUACACGCAACUCCCGGGUGGCUGUCAUCUUUAAUCAUAAUGUUCUGUUCGUUCAAUUCAAACUUUUACUGAUCUUUCAUAAGACGGAUAAAAUACACAAGGAAUAAAGAUUGCAGGCUUUACGCGGCCGUUUUCUGGGUUGUGGUCGCAUCGGAAGGCGAAGAUGUCGCAGACGUUUCGGGCCGACAUGGCGGUCACCAUCGCCGGGGAGCGGGUAAACUGCAGGUAACUGCUCCCCGAUGAUGGCGCCUGCGACACCGACCGAAACUUCAGCGGUAUCUUCGCGUUUGAACGCGGCUUCAAACCCGGGAAGCCAAGCGACUCAAAAAUAUACAAGAAUUCUUAAGUUAUCGACAAAUGCUCAUUCGUGCGGUGUUACUAUAAGUUUGUAACAUUUGUGCAAAACCCAAUCCCUUUAGAUUUUUUUUUUUUAAUUCGGUCAUUUGGUCAUGAUUUACGUCAUGAAUUUUGACAAAAAUUUGUGGAUUAUUUUUGUUUGGUAGUCUGAAAUAGCUAUUGGCCUGUCUGUUCCGCGAGGGAGUUGGCGUGUCCGAGUAGUUUCGUGUGUCUGGCAGGCAGCCACGUUCGCCCGUAGCGGCCGCCUCGGAUCGUUUCUCGUCCCCACUGUUACCAAGACAGCAAUUGUAUCACGUUUUUUUUAACUUGCAUACCUACUGUAACACCCGGUUACAACUAGUUUUACUCCAAGUCCUGAAGACCAUGUACUUUUCCAAUUUUUUUUUUUUACCCUAUUACAUAGUGUGUUAAGUGCUGAAAUCAGUGACAAAUUUUAUUGCAAGCAUUAAAAAUUUUCUGUGUUUGUAAUACAUGUGUGUUAUCAGUAUCAUCAUUAACUUACUCUAUACAGUUAAUUUAUUUUGAUAAUGUUUGUGUCAUAAUUGUACAUACAUAGGAAGCACGCUUGAUCUUUAUGACACAUGACCUUCAAUGUUCUGUACAACAAAAAAUUAUAUUUUACACCAUUGUUAUUCUGAUUUGUUUUUUUUUUUUGUUUUUUUUUUACCAUUAUAUAUAGUUACUAAAUUUUUUAUUAAUACCUACUUAUUGCUUGCUAACAGUUAAUAAAAUUAAACCUUCAUAUUUUUAUGCUACCCGUGUAUUUUUAGUUACGGUAGAUAGCAGUUACAAUUUGUUUUUUACAUCUACCGAUGGUGUGUAAUAUUAUCUUGAAAUGAGCCAUGUUUUUGAAUACAUGAUUUGGAUUAAGGUUAUUAGAAUAGUGUAGUAUUUGGAUUAGUAUUGGCACCAUUUAAACUGUAUCAGUUUCAACUUUUUUUAAAUUUUAUGUUGUCUUAUCUAAUUUUUUUUUUACAAAAUGUUAUAUAAAUAUUUAUAAGUAUCAUCCUAAAUUAAAUUAAAUACUGUAUAUAUAUUUUUAGGAUUUUUUAAAAAUAAACAGUACUUUCUGUUAUGACUGUACAUUAUAUUAGCUCGUACAUUAGCAAUGUGAAAAGUAACACAUUUGGCUGUGAACUUCACAGCAGGGCAUCAUAAUUUAUAUUCUUUCUUCAUUUAAUUUAUACUUACUAUCCUACACAUGAAAACUAUUUCCUUUGAAAGCAAUCUAAACUUGUACAAAUUUUUAUCACAUGCAUGACUCGUUGAAUUAUAUUUGGAACAAAAUCAUUUUUUGAAAAGGAAUGGUAGUCCUGGAAAAAUUAUCAAAUUUCAGGAGCAGUUAAGCGCAUUACACUGCUUGUGUCUGUAAGUGCCAUUGUGCACUUUUUGCUUUCUUCGAAGAACACAGAGGGCUCUUUGAAGUGUUGCAAAAUGUCCUGUAAAGACUGACCAAAGUAGUUGGGAGUGUUUAUCAUUGUUAAUUUUUCAAUUAUUUUAAAAUUAUUAAAUUCUGUAGGAAAAAAUAUUAUUUUUUUGACGUGAUAAUGUCUUAUAAAUCGAUUAACGCCGGCUGCACACACGAAAAAGCAUGACUCAUUGUCACGUUCCGCCUGAGCCGAGCAUGCAAGAACCGGCCAACCACCGUGCGAGAAAAUCUUCUAUAAUAUCAAACAGGUUAAGGCGGGCUUUUUAUCUAAUUGUUCAUGAUUAUAUUUAAACAAAUUAUUUAAAUUAAAUUUGCAAAAACUGUAAAUAAUAUUUGAAAAUUGAAAAGUAUGCAAUUUUUCAUCAAUGUUUUCUUAUGACGUUAUCACGUAAAAUUAUUGUCUGUAAACCGACUUUACAGACAAACCCCUUUUUUAUUUCUAUGAGUUUCUGCUACAGUCUUCCUUUGUCUUCAUUCAAACAUUAAUUAAUCUGUAGUUGUUUAAGUUUUAUUGUGUGUAUUAAUAAUGUCCAACUAGCGUAAAACUUAUAUUUAUAACUUAACUCUCUAUAUUGUGCAAAUGUUUUGAAAAUGUGUGGUCUGAAUAAAGUUUUGGAGUGUCUGUUUUCUAAA